AUGAACUUGUAUGAAAUGCAACAACAGCCAGCCAGCCGGCCUCCAAAUUAAAGCUGAAAAUGGAUGGGAGUGAAGGAAGUUGUAGGCCAGGGAUGGAUGCAACAAACACCGAGAGUAGUCUGGUGUCCUUUGUCACGGAAGAGAGCGAAGACCGUCCAUUUUGGGUGGUGUACGGUAAGGAAGGUCUGGGCAAGACGACACUGGUCCAGAAGGUAUACAACAAACCUGAGGUUCGCCAUAAAUUUAAGGGGUGUGCUUGGAUCAAUGUGACACCCCACCUCCAAUACAAAACCAUUUGGAAGGAUAUCUUAUCUCAAAUCGACUAUCGGAGAAAGGAUGAUAAACUUGAGGCGUUACCUGCAUAUCAAGCUUUGGUUCUGAGGCUUCAAUCUGCUCUGCAGUCCAACAAAUACCUCAUUGUUCUUGAUGGUAUCUGCUCAAUGGAGGCUAUGUUAAAUGAUAUGCUUGCAGAUAAGAUGCCCAGCAAAGUUGCGAUAACCACUCGGGAUCAAACAGAGACUGAGAAAAUUGUAAAGGAAAGGGGACGUUAUCUCGAAAUGAUGAGUCCAUUAACUGAACCUCAAAGUUGGCAACUAUUUCUCAAAACUCAAUUGGAUCGUCACCCAUCACCAUCAGAAGACUUUGAAAGGGAGUUGGAAAAUAUAUACAGAAAGUGUGAAGGUGUGCCAUUGGCUGUAAAGUUGCUGGGAAAUUUGAUGGCAUGGAAGGAGCGCAUUGACUGGAAUGAAUUACGGCAACAAAGCUGUGUGUCCGCACAAUACCUUAUGGAGUUGUCUUACUCGCUUUUGCGGGAGCAUCAGAAGACAUGUUUACAUUAUUUGGCUCUUUCUCCAGCAGAUAUAGAAGCAGACAAGUUGUGCAAUCUGUGGAUAGCUGAAAAGAUGACAACAACUCCUCAACAAGCAGAAACAUAUCUGAAUGAACUAGCCACUCUAGGCUUGGUUGAGGUUCAAGAAUAUGAAACAAAGAGCAAAUCAUGCAGCCUUCCUCACUAUGUGCGAGACUUUUGCUGUGGGAAAGCAAAAGAGGAAAGUUUGAUUGCAAAAGAGGAAAGUUUGUUUGCAACUGCGGCCUUUUAUUUUGACAAGCGUGUUGGUGAGUAUGAGUUUCCAUUGAAGCCAAAAAAAAAGACUACACUUGAGGAAGUGCAAUCCAUUUUGUUGUUGAUGAAUACUAGCCAACAGCAUCACCAUAUAUUAUCGCCAAAACCAUUAGAUUUGACGAAUUGCAAGCUGCUACGGGCAUUAGACUUCAAUUGGCUUGACUUUCGUGCGAUCGAGUUUCCUCAACACAUCAACAAACUUGCUCACCUGAGUUAUCUGAGUUUCAGGGACUGCUACCUGAAAGAAUUGCCACAAUCAAUACAAGAAUUGAAAAGCUUGGAAACUCUGGAUUUGCGGGUGCGGGUUAACCCCGAGGUUGUUUACAAGAUGAGGAAAUCAGAUGUGUUAUGUCAGCUUAAGAGAUUGAGGAGCCUUUAUUUACCUUAUGAGUUUGAAAAAUUUCCUGAUGAUGAGAAAUUGGAGUUGGAUUGCCUAAGUGAGCUUGAGAAUCUCCAAAACUUUGUUUCAACUCACUGCCGGGCUAAUGAUCUCUCCAGCUUGAUAAAACUCAGGUAUUUGGCAGCAACUAUUGUUGACGUGAAAGACCUGGAGGAGGUGAUCGAAUGCCUAAAGAAAGGUACAUCCAAAUCAUCAUCCAUUCACCUCGAAAUCAUUGAUUUUCGCUCUCCGAGAGGCGCCUUUGCUCUAAGUAACCUAUUGGCAUGCGGAUCCUUGAAUGCAUUGCACUUACACGGGCAAAUAGACAACUUACCAUGGCCUAUUUCUGACAACCUUACAGAGAUCUUCUUGAUUGAUUCUGAACUUGAAGAAGAUCCGAUGCCAUUAUUGGGGGAUUUACGCAAAUUACAGAAACUAGGUUUAAGCAAUAAUGCCUUUGUUGGGGACCAAAUCAUCUGUAGAAAAUCAGGUUUCCCCCAGCUCAGGUAUUUGAAACUGUCAAAUUUGCCCGACUUAAAGAAUUGGACUCUUGAAGAAACAGCUAUGCCUUAUCUUUCUACUCUCACCAUUGAAAACUGCGUAAAACUUGAAACACUCCCAGAUGGACUCAGGACUCAUCGCCAUCUCCAAGAAUUGAGUAUUCUAAAGAUGCCCGAAAGAUUCAGGAAGAAAUAUAAUGGAACCCAGGGGGAAGAUUUCAAUAAAAUCCAGCAUGUGCUUAGCAUCAAGAUUACAGGAGCCCCCUCACAUUGAGACUGGAACUUUGCAACACAUGGGCCUAUUGGUGGAAAUCCCUUAGCAAGAAGAAUUUCUCCACCUCUAUCCACGUUUAUUUACAACCGAAUUUGUAUUCUUAAAUGGUAUUUGCGUGCAAUUUGUAUUAUUUGUGAAAUACUGUCUAGAUGUUUAUGUAUGUUCUACUCUUCAAAAAGUGUGAUUUUCAGUUUAUCUUAUUUGUGAAAUACUGUCUAUGUUUAUGUACGUGAAACUCCUGUAUGAUAAUGUAUGUUGUACGUACUCUUCAAAUUUGGGAUUUGUGAAAUAAGCAUUGUUUAGAUAUUU